AUUGGACCGCAAGCUGUCAGUCGCGGACUUCUUUUGAACGCUCUCGAUGGUGUUCCAAAUAUCUGUCAUCAGUCACGACUGCACGACAAUUGGUCUAAACUUGUAGCUCACGCAGGUACAGGCUCCUGCUGCCAGCCAGUCUUUCCCGAUGUCCAAGUACAAAGUCUUUGUGAUGAGGCAUGGAGAAGGGGCCUGGACCAAAGAGAACCGCUUCUGCAGCUGGGUGGACCAGAGGCUGAGUGAGGACGGGGUAAAGGAGGCCCUAGCGUGCGGUCACCUCCUAAGCGAGGCAGGCUACCACUUGGAUGUGGUCUUCACAUCCCUGCUUAGCCGCUCCAUCCACACAGCCUGGCUGCUACUAGAGGCCAUGGGGCAGGAGUGGGUCCCAGUGGUGAAAUCGUGGAGGCUGAAUGAGCGCCAUUAUGGUGCUCUGAUCGGGCUCAACCGUGCCGAGAUGGCCCUAAACCACGGCGAGGAGCAGGUGAAACAGUGGAGGAGGAGUUACGACCUCACGCCGCCGCCUAUCGACAAUUCACACCCUUACUUUUUGGAGAUCUACAACGACCGGCGGUAUUCUACUUGCGAUAUUUCUAAAGAGGAUCUCCCUAAGUCGGAGAGCCUGAAGGAUGUCUUAGAGAGGCUCCAGCCAUACUGGGAUGGCACCAUUGUGCCAGAGAUCAAACAGGGGAAAUCGGUGCUCAUCUCUGGGCAUGGGAAUAGCUGCAGGGCACUGCUGAAACACUUACAAGGUAUAUCAGAUGCUGAUAUCGUCAACGUGACAUUACCCACAGGAACGCCCAUUCUGAUUGAGCUGGAUGAGAACUUCCGGCCCACCAAACCCAUGCAGCUCCUGGGAGACCAGGACGCCAUCCAGGCAGCCAUCAGGAAGGUGGAGGAUCAGGGGAAGGUCAAACAAACACUAUGAUUGGCCUGAAUCUAGUCAACUGGAUUCUAGUCAUUCUAGAUUCAAAAAUCUAGCCAACUGAAUUAUAUUCAUUAUACAUACAAGUGAUUUGUAGAAUCUAAUCAACUGUAUUCUAGUCAUUCUGGAGUAUAUUCUACAAUCUAGUCAACUGGCUGUAAGACAUAUAUACGAAUUUGCCCAAGCCUGGGCUAGCACUUAUUUAGUUGCCUGUUAUGCACCAUUAAUCAGAUUCACUCAAAGUUGAAUUCUUGAUUGAAUUAAAUCAAUAUUAAGUACAUGCUAUUGUAGUCAGUAAGUCUCAGUGAACUGACUGUAUAAUCGUGGUAUGAACUUAACCCAGGCUACCCUAUUGGGUGCAUAAGGAAACAAAAUAAUAUUGUUCAUACAGAAAUAAGUGGUGUGCUGAAGGGAGUUACAUUAACAGGCAUAUUUAUCAUUAACAAGCAUAUUUGGCAAUAGGCUGACUAAGUGUGUAUUGAGGCAUUUUGCCAUUAAAGGAAUCGCAGCACGUGAAACGAUCAAAUGUUCCUUUAAAAAAAAAAAAAAAAAAUUCAAACCUCUGUCACGUGCCUUCACUACCAUUAUUCUCAAUUUCUGUAGGAUUUUGCGAUGCAAUUUUGUUAGUUCUUAAGUGUAAGUGAAUUAUGACUGACAGAAUCUAGCAGUAGAAUAUGAACCAGCACUAACAGGUACAAAUGGUUAUUUAUCAAGAAACUUUAAAAGCACUUCAUAACAAGUAUUACCUCAUUGAGACUGACAGUCAGGCUAUUCAUUCCAAGACCAGUCGGUGGAUUGUGUGAUCAAAGCUUAUUUUUAGUACAUUAAUGCUGUAAAUGUGUUGUUGAAAAAGAUCGGUCAAACUUGAUAAGAACAUGUCCGCUCAAAUGCUACAUGCUAGUUUAAGAGAAGUUCAUAUGAAAUAACUGUAGUGCUCAUGCGGUUAAUCAUAAAAUGCCUACGUUGACAUGCUGAUUUAUGACUUGCAGUAUAUUGUGUAAUAAUUUGACACAAACUUCUCUUGUUUCAAUUUGUGACCCACCACCUGGAUUCAGUCUUAUGUAGCAAAAUUUGAAAUUGUAUUUUUUACAUUGGAUGAAAGUAGAGACUCAAAGCUAGAAAAUGGUAUUUGAUACACUGCAGUUGAGGAACAAUUGAAAAUUAAUUCUGCUUUGAAUGUUGAUAAACUUGUAACCCCAUUUUGUUGAGAAAAUUGCUAUUAAUGUUUUGGUACACCUACUGGAGAGCCACCCAUUCAACAUCGUUCACACCCUCUUCACACCAAAUUCAUUAACAGCCAAUCGUAUCCAUUUAUUGUUGCUUUUUUUUAUCCAAAAGAUUCAAGUCAUUCAUUUGUAAACUUGGAAAAGAGGGAACAACCUCAUAAUAUAACAAAGUGUUCUUAAUAAGUCCCAAGUAAAGGAAGUGGAAUUGCUUUGCAAAUUCUCUCUGAGUAAUAUUAACCUGGGGAGAAAAAUCAUGCUUGAAUAUCAUUUUCCAGAAAAACAACAUUAGCUGGUGAAAUUAGACAAUUUCACAGGUCAUUUUGGAGGGUCAAAAUCACAUUUCUUUAGGAAUUCAAGUCCACCAAGUUUAUUAAACAGACUGUUAGGGAUAUGAUACCACAGAGGUAGGAUUAGACAGACAUAUCAACGAUUUAAUUCUAAAAGCAACCAUUAACGAAUCAAAAUCAAUAGCCUGUAAACCUCCACGAUCAUACUAAUUGUGAUUUCUGAAUAUAAUGAUUUAUUCCUCCCUACAAAUCUAAAUAUAACAGAAUUGACUUAAAAAAAAUGUUAUUAGAAGAAAUAAAAAGGGACUGACUUGGGUAAAUGGUUCUAGAUAAGCCAUCGGUCUUGGACAAAAGAAUACGACCCAAGAUUGAGAUAUCACAUUGCUGCCACGGACUUAAUGAAACUCUCAUGGAAUUAAUCCUAUUAUCGAUGUUUAAAGAUUCUCUAUCUGAAACGUUUUUAGUGAUAACAAUUCCUAAAUAUUUAACUUCCUUUUUAACAGGCAAUGUUGACGGAGUCACAGCAAAUAAUUGGCAUGAGAUCACAUUUGUUAAGGUUGGGAGUCGACCCAGAGGCCAUAGAAAAUGUCUUGAUUCUGUCAAUAGCCAAGGGAAUAGACGCUCUAUCCUUUAGGAAAAGGGCAGUAUCAUCUGCAAAUGGACUGAUAUUUAAAUCUUUACCAAAAAUAUGGAUCCAUUUUAAAUUCUCAGAUUUUGUUUAGAAAUAUUGCUAGUAGAUCUGUGGCUAAAAUAAAGAGCUUGGACAACCCUGUCUAAUUCCUCUAGCAAUAGAGAAACAAGGGGAUGUACUAUUACUAAUAGCCAGCGAACUGCUAUUAUCAUUAUAUUGUACAUUAUCCUUAUCACUUAACAGAAAUCCUCCCAAAAGCCAAAAGUAGAUAGUUCUAAGUUAAAAGUUGUUCGAAAGUGCCAAAAGAAUUUUUAAAAAUCUAAAAACAAUAUACAUCUAGGUGAAGAGAGUCCUUCUUUGGUUUGGGUAUAAGAACUAUUAGUCCCUGUCACAAAGGAGGUGAUAAGAUAGCAUUAGCAAUACCCUCUUUGUAGCCCGAAAGCAAUAACUCUCUAAAUCAUGCCAAAAAUGUUGAUAGAAUUCAGGAGUCAUGCUAUCCGGUCCAGGAGAUUUACCUAUAGGCAUUUGUUUAAUGGUUUAGUCCAACAAAGUAAUAUCUAUAUCAGAAUCACAGAGUUUCUUAAACCUUUCUUCUAUAGGGUUAACAGAGUUAUGAACUGAAUCAAAAAAGGAAUUCAUGUUGCCUUCUGAAAGAUGAGAUUGAUAUAGUGAAGUAUAGAAAGAGUAUUUUCUUAUGAAUCAUUUCACGAUCAACAGAUGGGUGUAAUACUACAAAUGGGUGUAAUACUAUUCCUAGUCUGCCUACUCUUCUCCAAAUUAAAGAAGUAAGAUGUGUUUUUUUCACCUUUUUCAAUCCAUUUGGCCGUUGAACGGAUGAAGGCACCCUGUUCCUUUUUAAUCUUCAUUUAAAUCAAGUUUAUUGCUCAGCCUGUUAAUAUCAACAUCUGCUUGGAUAAUCUUUUCUUAGCAUUUUACCAGUAGUGAUGGCAAGACAUUGAUUUCUGAAUUUAAUAAUUUCCCAUUUGUUAGUAGAAGAAAGAGCAGGAUCGAGACAGGUCCCUCUGAUAAGAGCUUUCGACUGUAAAACAAAAUGGCUCAUUCUUUAAAAGAAAAGAUGCUUUUGAAAAUCUCUUGUCAUUAUCAAAAGGAAAGAAUAAUGGAACAAUGGCCUGUCAGGAUCUGAGGAAAUACUACAUUCACUGACAAUACUACAUUCACUGACAAGAUUCGUAAGAUUGGAAGAUACCAACCAAUGAUCAAUUCUAGAUUUGAAUUGUCUGUCGCUAAGUUAUAGAGUUGAACCAAGAACAAUGUUCUAAAGUUGGAUUCUGUGAACGCUAAAUGUCGGAAAGUUGAAAGUUGGGAGCAGAAAUGUAGAAUUAAGUUAUUAAAACAAUGGGCUGAAUGCCUGGUGGGAUACUUGUCCAUCCAGUCACGAGGAGCAACAUUAUAAUCGCUUCCAGCAAUUAUUGUGGAAUAUUUGUUUUUCAAUUCAAUUAAGACUUCACUAAUAGAUGUUAGAAGAAUGACUGUUAUAACCAUAAAUAUUUACCAAUAUGUAACAUGACCCUUUUUAUAUUCGAAAACAUUAGUUAUCCAGUGACCCUCAGCAUCACACCUGCUUUCUUAAACUGUACCUGGAAACUGUCUGAAAAGUAUUCCCACACCAGCAGAAUGAGAUGAGCUAAGACUAAAAAUGAUCUUGUCACCCCAUUGUGAAGUCCAAAAUUUUAAGUCGGCAGCUGAGGAACGUGUCUCUUGAAAAAAACAAAAAAAACAAUUGGACUUUUUAACGAAUCUUUACAAAAACUGCCUUUGGUACGUAAACCCCUGAUGUUCAAUUGGUACGUAAACCCCUGAUGUUCAAUUGGUACGUAAACCCCUGAUGUUCAAUUGGUACGUAAACCCCUGGUGUUCAAUUGGUACGUAAACCCCUGGUGUUCAAUUGGUACGUAAACCCCUGGUGUUCAAUUGGUACGUAAACCCCUGGUGUUCAAGAAUAAAAAGCAAAGAAAUGUUGACAAGCAGAGUAUCCGAGAUAGAGUUGUCUAGAAUAAACAAGGGACCCUGAAUAUAGCAUAAGUUCUUCAAAAAUGUACUUGACGAACAGUAACGACCAUAAAAGGAAAAUAAAUGGAUAGACCGUGUAAUAACACAUAAUAUAUUAAUAGUUUAGAUCUUCAAUUAAACUCUCAAACGUAAAAUAAAAACAUCUGACAGCUAAUCAUCGCCAUAUGAAAAAUAAAUGGAGAUUUACUUACAUAAUAUUAAUCUUGAAACCAAAUGAAAUGACUAAAAGCUAACUGAUUUCUUAGUAUGCCAUCAAAUGAGAAUCAAAAAUCAGUGUGCUUACGUUGGUUAAUGUUCACAUUCAAAACUCGCCACUACGGACAGUAUGGCCCUAUGCAAUAUCACCUAUAUGCGGUGUUCAGAUAAACAAUUGGAUGAAUAAACUCACCAGUUGAAACGGUAUAUGGCUUCAUUAGCCUACUACUGUAUAAGCAGGCCAACUCAUGAAGCAUAAAUCAGUCACACGUGGCUCCACCCUGCGGUUGUCAAUGGCAGAAAACCCCUCGCGAAAGGAGGCUUCUUUUCUCCCUGCAUCUUGCCCCAUCGACUUGUGGCCACAGCUUCGCAUGGGCAUCCCUGUCGCGCUUGCUGAAAUCUUUUGCAAAGCGAGUGCCUUUCUCCCUGAAGAUCGGCGCAAGUUUGGCAGCUCUCCACACCUCGUCUCUCACGUUCCUCAACGCAAACCUUGUCUGUGUCUGUUCAUCUCCUUUCUCUUAUCUCCGAGACUGUGUACAACAUCUACAGCGAUGUUCAGGAUAGCAGGGGGAUAUGGAACAACCUUCCCAAUAAUGUCAAUCACAAUCCCUCUGAUAUUCUCACCAUCAGUUUCAGGGAGCAUGUUCAGUCUCAGCCCCCAUCGGCGCUUGUAUCGGUCCUGUUCAUCACUGGCUGUGCGCAGCUCCUCGUUUUCUUUUGUCAGGGCAUCCACUUUUAUUUUUCAACAGUUUCACAUCAGUGGUAAUAUCCUUAAUGCCUGCUGCAUUAAACUCUGUAGUUUUGUGGGGUUUCAAAGGGGUUAUUUGGACACCUGUACCGAAGACUAAUUCCUCCAACCUCGGUACCGUUAAUUCUGUGAGAGUGUCAGAAUCUUCCAUAUAGAUGACAGUAUCUACCUCGGUUACGACAGCUCCCUCUACAUUUUUGCUAGCUUCCAUCUCAGCUAAUGUUACUAGCUAGCUAGUCUUGGCUGAACUUGCUUGAAGUAUAACAAAGUGGAAAAGUGAUGUUCGGUAAACCAAAAAAGAGACAGCAAAAAUUCAGAGCAUCAAUGUUGUUGAGAAAUGUAGCAACUUUUGUAGUUCUCGAUUGAUAAUGUUGUCUUACACUGCGGUAGACAGGACUAUCAAGACAUACUGAGCAGCUCACGUUAUAGACAGAAGCACGCUACAUGGCAGACCAAUCCAAACUCAUCUCCCGGCAUGUCCAGCCCAUCCAUUAUCUCAGCCAGUGUUACCUUAAAAGUAAAAGUAUUCUUAACAUAGUUUAGGUUAUGUGAACAGCACUGCAUUUUCAAUUGAAUACAGUGCUACUAAAGAUGUUUUACAUUUGUACAUUAUUUGGAUACUAGUAUUCAGGGCCGGUCCUGGCUGUUCUGGCACCCUAGGCGAAACAAAAAUUGGCCGCCACUACAAGAAUAAUCCCAGUAAGCAACAUUGAGUUGAAAAAACGUCUAAAAUAAGUAUUUUUCAAGACGUUGAAGUUGGGUUCAAUUUAAGCUCUGAAUGAAAGUUUAAAAUAGGUAUUUUAUGGAAGUUUAAAUUGGGUACAUUUUUGGUUCUGAAUGAAAGUUGAAAAUAUGUCCAGAGCGGAAAAAAUCUGAGCCAAACAUAGACCAAAAAGUCAACUUUGACAUUGUGCCAGUGACAGAAAAAUCAAAAUUCAAUAAAUUUCGAAUUCAGACUAACUCAACAAAAUGUGCAAAAAUUCAAGGGGUGUGAAUACUUUCUGAAGGCGCAUUGUUUGUGGCGCAUUGAAGGCGCAUUACUGUGAUGUUUUUUUUGUUUGUUUUUUACACAGGGAAGAUACUUUGUUACUUUAUGUUUGUGUGUCUCAUUUUGUAUUGUACGUCUGUCUGUCUGAUAUUUUUGUUCUGUGCAUCUGUCAUAAUAACCAUCGUAUUUGUUGUUGUGGUCUUCAGGUCAUUAGGGAAAUGAUGACUAAUAUUAUUAGUUCAUCACCAGAACCGUAAAUGUGUAAAUAUAUUGAUACUACUAAAUACUGUAGUCAUGUCCUGUAAUAUUUUCUGUAAUGUAUUAUCCCCACGGUUAUACUAAAUGUUCAGUGACGACAUUAAGUAUUAAACUUAGUUUGAAAACUUGA